AGUUGUUUUCGUGUAGGAAAUAAUGAAAUCUCGAUUUCUGUAUUAAUUUCCCUUUUUUGUAUUAGUGGAGUGAUUUAUUUUACUUUGUACUUUUAUAUCGUUUGAUUAAUUUCAUUCAAAUUAAAUUAUAUUUACUAAUGUAUGUAAUAUCUUAAUGUAGUAUUUUUCUUACUCAAAGUCUUGACCUUAAAAGAAACGUACCGCAUUUCGCAUCGUCGCCAUUGUUAAAUCGCUUAAAUGCGUAAUUGAGUUUUUGGAUAUUAUGCAGUGAAAAACGUUUUUAGUGUAGUUAAAAGCCUCGUUUUUCGUGUUUUACAAAAUGGGUCGCAAAAAGAAGAAGCAAUCGAAACCAUGGUGUUGGUAUUGCAACCGGGAGUUUGACGAUGAGAAGAUCUUGAUCCAGCACCAGAAGGCAAAGCACUUUAAGUGUCAUAUCUGCCACAAAAAGCUGUACACGGGCCCAGGUUUGUCUAUACACUGCAUGCAGGUCCACAAGGAGACGAUAGAUAAGGUACCUAACUCACUGCCAAAUAGGUCCAAUAUCGAGAUAGAGAUCUAUGGAAUGGAAGGAAUACCACCAGAAGACCUGAAGGAACAUGAACGACAGCGACAAGGUGGAAGGCCUGGCUCCCCAAGCAGUGGUGAAGAGGACCCGCCACCCAAGAAGGCCAAGCCAGAGGGUCUCCUGGGCAACGGGCCUGCCCCGCUCCCCACACCGGCGUCCCUCAUGCAGAACCUGAUACAGCCCCAGAGCUCUGUGAACCCGGGUGGCAUGCCCCCUCACAUGGGGCAGUUUGGACCGAUGGGACCUCACAUGAUGGGGCACAUGACACCAAUGGGGCCCCAUUUCAUGGGACAUGGGAGGAUGCCCAUUAUGGGUCCGAUGGGUGGCAUGGCGCCUGGGCCAAUGCACCCCAUGAACAUGAAUGCCCAGCCAGGUAACCAACCACCCUUGCCCCAACAGAACAAGCCACUGUUCCCAAGUGCUGCAGGGGCUGUCACAACAUCUACACCAGCUCCUGUUGGAGCAGACUUCAAACCAAUUACGUCGUCCAGUAGUUUGGCCCCGAUUGGGCCGGUGAAGCCAACUUUCCCAGCCUAUAGUUCAACGAAUACCUCUAGCAGUCAGACUAACACCCCGGCUCCACCACCUGAAGAAUCAAAGAAAGUGGCACUUAUCAACACGACAGGCGCUUCAAGCAAGAUCAUUCACCCGCAGGAGGAUAUAUCAUUGGAGGAAGUGCGUGCAAAGCAUCCCAAGUAUGCUCGUCCCGUCCCUGUGAAGACUGUUGAUUCUUCAACGUCUACUAUGCAGCCACAGCCAACAGAAAUUCGACAUCAUAUGGACCGGCGAGCGAUGGCUAUGCCACGUUUCCCACCUCGGCCGCCCAUGUCGGUCGGCCCGGUACCCGUCUCCAUGCCACCCAUGGCCCCGCCCGUCAGCAGUAUGGCCAUCGUGACCUCUAUGCCCGGCCCGCCCAUGAUGAGGCCGGCCAUGCACCCGGCCAUGAUCGGAGGUAACAUGAACAUGAUGCCCCGCCCGCCCCCCAUGGGGUUGCCUCCAGGACUAAUUGGGCACCAUCUGCCCGGCCACAUGCACCCGUACGGGGGCCCACCCAUGACCUUUCCUGGGCCCCACAUGCUGACACCCAUGAUGCACCCUCGUUUCAGAUGAUCAGGUUUGUUGGGGGGGCUCUGGCUCGUGUGGCCCAGCAGUCCUUGAGUCUCCUCGACUGCUCUCGGCCUCGCACUCAGAACUCUUGUUUCUUUUUUCUUCUCUCAUUCUCUGUGUUCCCUUAAUGCCUGCCUGCCGACACAAGGAAAGGAAAGCUCCAAGAUAAGAGGUUAACUUUGAAACUAAGAUUUUCUCUUUUAAAAAUUUGUUAUAAGUAGUUAUAUUUUCACAUAUCUUUGAUUUGGGAGAAUUUUUUAAAAUUGUUCUUUAAGGGAACUCUAAAUAUUUUAAAUUUUAGGCUUUGCGACUCCAUGUUACUAUUCAUUCAUUGUCUGACAGUGGACUAUAUAGGGCUGUAAGGACUGAUUUUUCCUAGCUUGUGUUGGCGUGAGACUUUUCAGUUCUGGGUUUUCAGCAUAUCUUAUUGGAGUUUUCCUUGUAGAAGCAAGUGUUGUGCUUGGUCUGCCAGUGGCGUUUGCGAGCUUGAAGUGUACCAGCCUCCCCGACAGCAGCAUACCAUCAAGUUAACAAGAUAAGUUAACCACCUACUCUCGACUAAAAGUGAACAAUAUUUGUUGUUUGUUGGUAUUAGUUUUGCUUUAAAGUGGUGACAAAUCAUCCUGAGAACAAAAUAUUUUCGAGUGCAGCAUGUCUAGUGCCAACUUCACAAAAACAAAAUGCUAGUUUUCACCUCCUACAGGCAUAAUCUUCAUGGUUAUUGUUCUGCGUUUUCUCCUUAAUGUUUAUUUAAAACAUUUACGAUCUCCUUGGUGCAAAUAUAGUUAAGAAGCACUUUUUUGUUUUAAAGAAUAAAUUGCUAAUACUUGGUAUUGAAAAUUUUAUUUUAGUAUCUUGAGAUUUUGGUAAAAGUUUUUACAUGUUAAUAUAAGGCAACCAUAUUGCAUCUGUAAUUUAUGCUUGUUGAGGAAGUGAAAAAUGGCAAAUUAGCAAGGUACAAGCAGAAGAUUUUGAAGAGGUAGGAAAAAAUUUUUUACUGAAACAUAUUUAUGAAAAAUAGAAGGUAAUUUGAACGUGUCGUCACAUUGUGAACAUCUUAAAAAGGUUAGAAACUAUGUUAUAUUAUUUGUUUUAGUCCAGCUAACAGCUUGGAGUGGACUUCACUUUGUUUUGUUUGUAUAAUUGACGUGUCAGCAGGUUUGUGUGUGUUUUUAAGUACACCCAAGCUCUGUAUUCAUAAUUGUUUGUAAGUGAAAAAUAUCUUUAUGUACUUGAUGGACUCUUUCUGUGUAUUUGUCAUUAAAGUGCUGGUAAGUGAAA